AUGUCUCGAACACGAAAAAUAUCUGAUUGUUUUUAUAUUUAGUUAAAGCGUCACUUGAAUGGGAUAAAUAAUAAUAAUAACAAUAAUAAAGAUAUGCGCAUUACACACACACAUACUAAUUACUCACGUCUGAUGAGUGAGUGGAGUUGACAACCACAAUAUCAAGCACGCGCGAUCUUCGUUUUCACUUUUCACGAGGGACAAUCGCGUGCCGGCGAAUGUUACUUACGUCGCUUGAAUUGGUCCAUGCUCGCAGCGAUCAACCGAAAUCAAAGGAAUUUGCGAAUUUCGCGACAGUCUCGGGGUACUUCCUAUCAGAUUCGACGAUGCCAGGAUAAGGUAUUCAUGAAAUAAUUGAGGCGACGUUCAUUUCCAUUAUUGAAAACAGCUGAAGAAUGCGGCGCACAUGACUCAUUUGUAAAGCGAUUAAAGUCCGAUCGCGAUCCAGAAAAUACGCUAUUUGUAUACCUGAUGGAACGAAGAGAAAUGAGAGAGAGAGAGAGAGAGAGAGAGGGGGGGGGAAGAGGUGGAAGUUAAUCUCGCGAAAACGGCUUUGUCCGCGAAAUCGUCAUGGGAUGGAGAAUAGAUCCCGAUCGAUUUGAUUUAAAAAUAGAUCCUCCCCCCGUGUCCUCUUGUGUCCUCCCCUCGGAUGGUAAGAAGGAAAUUACGUCCGUCCAGCAGCGCACGGGAGGAAAUUAUCACGCUGGGUUAAUUAAAAUAUACAACUGCGGAGCUCCGCGCAUACACAUGCGGGGAGUGGAUUAUUUUAAUGAGAAACUCCGCCGUCUCGGGCCCCGCCAACACAUUCUCCAUGCGGGUAAUCCCCGAAGACUUUGCAAGGAUUAUUGAUCGAUGAUUGUUAUAAAAGCGAGUCGACGGACUGGAGCAGGCUACUUAGCGCAAUAUGCUCCGACAGAAAGCACUUUUACCGUUCACCUGCCUAGUAGCGUUCGCCGCAGCAGUUCUACCACCCGGUGCACCAUGGACGAACUUCAUACCCAAGUCACCUGUUUACUCACGAGCCCUGGGACCGAUGGGACCAGUCGGAAUGGACACGAUAUCGGUGCCGUACAUGCCGAAGUCGCCGCUCUUCCCGAAAUUCGUUGACCCGAAGGCGAUGAUCUCCAAGAAGACGGACAUGCUGGGCAACCUGUUCGGCGGUUUGGGCCCGGUCAUGUACCCUACAGGCACCAAGCCGAUUCUACCCUACGGCGGGCCGCCCGUGGACAACCUCGGCGCCGCGGACAACAUACUGUUCAGCAAGAAACGCGACACCCUGCAGGCCGGUAUGGGGAAAACGCUCGACGGCGACGGUACCGCGAUGUACAGACGCGGUAUGUUUGGCCCGUUCGCGCCGAAGUUCGGCCCGAUGGGGCCGAAGUUCGGCCCGAUGACGCCGUUCUCGUCGGCCGACACGACGGCCGACUACGCGGCGGCCGGCAAAGACUUCUUCUCCCGCAGGAGGAGAAGCGUGGUGGGAGCACCCGUGAUCCCGGCCGACAAGACGCAAGUCGUCAACCUGGGCUUGGCCGCCCCGUCGUCGUACGCGAAGGGCUUGACCGACGACACGGCUGACGCGACCUCAGCAGCCGGCGACGCGCCGAAGGAAUCCUUCUUGGGGAUGAUCGGAGGACCUUUCGCGGGAGGGCCUUUCGGGGGACCUUUCGGGGGACCUUUUGGCCCGGUGGUGGACCCGACCGUAUUCACGGCGAAGAAAUCGGCGUUCCUCGACACGUUGUUUAAGAGCCUCGCCACCAGCACCGCCGCUCCGCCGACCAGCACCGACGCACCGGUGCCGAAGAGCACGAUCGUGCCACCCAGCUAUUGGCUGCCGUCCUCCAUCAUUCCCGACCCGAGCGAGUACACUUCGAAGGUGUCGGACUUCUUGGACAAGCUGUUCGACAGCAUAAAGCUAAACACGACCGUGAAGGCGACGGGCGACGACGACAGCUUGGAGGCGACGAGCGGCUCUAUGGCGAUGAGAUCGCUGACGUCGGACGACGCUUCCCCUGACAGGGCAGCGAGAGCCUCCGAGGAUCUGUCGGCCAUUGCGGCUGCCAAGGACGCGGUCGUGGACGCGAUCCUGUCGGAGCUCGGCGACCUGAAGAGCGACAUGAUAGCGACCUUGAACGACUUGAUCGCGUACGAGAAGGCCGCCGCCGCCGCCAGCGCGGUGAAGAAACCCUUCAAGCCCUUCGCCGGCAUCUUCCCGCCGAAGCCGACGGUGGACGCGACGCUCCCGUUCCAGCAGAGGAUGACCGUGCUGAGCCAGGUAUUCGACAUGCUGACGGACCUGCAGAGGAACGUCACCGCGGCCACGAACAACGCGAUGACGGCUAACGCGGCCGGUGCGGCGGACAACUCCGAGGAAUCCUCGCCGAAGAGUCCGUUAGCCUCCGGCCCGGUUGGCGCUGGCUCCUUCAACGCCACCCUCUUGGACGCCGUCCUGAAGAAGCUGUCCACCGUCGUGACCCCGGCGCCGUAUACGGCGAGUUACGUGAAGGCCGAUCCCGUUAUAACGAGCAGAGCCUUGGCCAAGGGACCGACGUCCUUCUGGGUGUCCUACCCGGAGAACGGAGCUUCCGCCACCGCGAAGCGACAAGCGGACGACUAUUCGUACUUCGGCGGCAGAAACGACGACAACGACGACCGGAGACAAUUCACGAGAGGUGUAAAGAUGCAGAUGCAUCAGGGAUACCAGAGCCUGCCCGCGGGCUCGGUCGAAUCCGUGCAAGCCGGGGGAGGCUCUACGCCGGGGCAUCAAGGAGGCGGGAUCAAACUGCUGGGGCCUAACGCUUACGGAAACUUAAACGACAAGUGGCUCGACUGGAUGCAGUAUCACAAGAAUGAGUAUCAGGAUCAAGAGAGUCAUAGGCACCAUCAUAACCACCAUUAGGCCACUCAGCCAGCAGGACUAUCCCUCUCUCCCUCUCUCUCUCUCUCUCUCUCUUUCUUUCACUCUCUCGUCGUUAAUAUAUCCUCACAUGAUCUCGACGGGAAAUAUUCUUACAAAAAUGCCAAUUAUUGUUCCAUAUGUGUAAAAGCAAAAGAGUGUGUGUACGAGGACGAUCGUUAUUACUAAUAAAAUAUGCCUGGCAACAAAAAAUGAAGGUAAAGAAAAAGCUGCGCAAGAAUCAUCC